AUGCACAUACUUUUAACAAAUGAUGACGGGCCAAUCAAUGAUGGCUCCUGUCCGUAUAUGAAAUAUUUGGUUGACGAAAUCAAGGUAUCCACCGAUUGGGAUCUCUCAAUUGUCAUUCCUGAUCAACAGAGAUCAUGGAUAGGGAAAGCACAUUUUGCUGGAAAGCCGUUGGUUUCGACAUAUAUAUAUACCAAAUAUUCAACAGAGAAGCCCAACCCAGAUAUUAACAAAUACGAGGGUCCAUUUGACCAACCAGUCAGCAAGUAUAGCGACAACAAGGAGUAUCAAGAAUGGUGUCUCAUCAAUAGCACACCCGCGGCAUGUGCCGAUAUAGGUAUCCACCAUUUAUACAGACAUACCAAAAACAAACCAAUUGAUUUGGUUGUUAGCGGUCCAAACUUUGGAAAGAAUUCCAGCAAUCUUUACAUUCUUGCUAGUGGUACUGUUGGUGCAGCAAUGGAGGCUGUUACUCAUGGCGUAAAAGCUAUUGCAUUGAGCUAUGCGUUCAACAGUAUGGAUCACGACUUCAAUACAUUGAAGGAAGCUGCUAAAGUCUCAGUCAAAUUGAUUAAAAAAUUGUAUGACGAGCUUAACCAUCACCCAGAAAUUGACUUAUUUUCGAUCAAUAUUCCAUUGGUUGAUUCACUCAAACUAGGUCAAACGAAGAUUGAGUAUGCACCUAUAUUACAGAAUCAAUGGGGAUCCAUAUAUACUCCACGAGACACUUUAAAUGACAAAGGACAGAUUCAAUUUGAUUGGACCCCGGACUUUAAACGCGUUUAUAAGGAUGGACUUAUAGAUCACAACCAUACAGAUAGUAGGGUCUUGUUGAAUGAGGGUAUAAGCGUCACUCCUUUAAAAGCUGCAUUUCAGCUGUUGUCAACUUUGUCGGGUGAAGUAAAUCUUGAUGAAGCACCGAAUACGUUGUCCACCCGUAAGACGUUGUUGAUUACAGUUCCGGAAGAUGUUUACGUAUAUGAACCUUUGGUGCAAGCGUUCAAAGCACUUGGAUAUAAUGUGACCUCCGAUUCUAAGCUGGCGCCAAGCGGGACUCCAGUAUUCCAUUAUGGAGAAUACGAAGACAUCAAUCUUGAUUUGAUCAAUGAUGCAAAUUAUUUUAUUCCAUCCUACAUCUAUCGUAAGGCAUUGAUACGGAAACACUAUCUCGCGAACACUGUACAUCAAUAUGUCGUCAAACACCCUAAUUCAAUAUUAAAAAGAACUGUACCUGAAAAUUAUCAAUUAGAACUCGAUUAUGCUGAAUUUUUAGAUGACUCGCUCGAUGAAGCUUAUGAGUUAAGGGACGCUAUAGAUAAUGGUGACAAGGUCUGGAUUGUAAAGCCAAGUAUGAGUGAUAAAGGUCAAGGUAUUAGUAUAUUCAAAACAGUGGACCAGUUGCAAGCCAUUUUCGAUGCAUUUGACAACGAUGAUGACGAUGAUAACGAAGAAGAAGGUAAUACUGUACAGAAAAAGGGCAAUGGCUUAAUCUUAUCUCACUUGAGACACUUUAUUGUCCAAGAGUAUAUCGCAAAUCCGUUGUUGCUUCUGGAUUAUGAUAAUAAGAAGUUCCACUUAAGAACCUACGUUGUUUGUCAAGGGAACUUGAAGGUCUUUGUGUACAAGAACAUUUUGACAUUGUUCGCGGGAGAGACGUAUAAACAACCGACUGCUACCGACAGAGAAAUUGAUUUGAAUGGGCACUUGACAAAUACUUGCUUACAAGAGGAAGAGCACCCCCUAGUGGUUCCAUUUUGGAAAUUGAAAGGCAUCUCACAAAUUAAUAAGGAUAAAAUCUUUAAAGAGUUGUGUGAAAUAACUGGUGAAUUAUUCAAAGCAGCAACAACUGUAGACAAGCUAAACUUUCAACCAUUGGAUAAUGCAAUUGAGAUUUUUGGAGUAGACUUUUUGGUGGAUGAAAAUUACAAUCUAUUUUUACUAGAGGCAAAUUCGUAUCCCGACUUUAAGCAAACUGGUGAUGAUUUAAAGGAUCUUAUUUACAAAUUAUUCAAGCUAGUUGCUACUGAAGUUGUUGACCCCAUGAUCACAAAGUCAAACAAUGCUGAAGUUGAUGCUAACUUGAAGCAGGUUCUUUGA